CAGUCAGUCUCUUUGAUAGGAACGAGGUGUGUUGCUCGUUGAUUUGUUGAGAGUACGUAAUAUAUUUUAUACGAACAUUUCUCUUUGAAUGAAACUGUUAUAAUUGAUCAAUGAAUCAGCACCAUGAAAGGAUAGCUGAAUGAAAAGGGCAAAUAGUGUCUGUAGUAAUGCAUUAUGUUGGUGAAGAUUUUUAUUAAAUGUAUUAGCGUUCUCUUGAGAUGUGAGGUUUUAUAGAAUCGAUUAUGAUUGAAUAUAAAAAUUUGAAUUUGAAAAAGUGGGCUGUUCUAGCACCUGUCAAAGAAGAAAUCCUUAGCAGUGUUGUUCUGGUUCAUGUGUUUGGAUAUGAAGCUGAAAGUGCAUAUCUGGUCACCUCAAAUGAUGAAGUGUUCGCUCUUGGUGAAAAUGUUUUGGGAAGACUUGGAAUUGGAAAUGUUGAAGUCAACUCAACUCAAAAACCAAUAAGACUUAAUAAAUUGUGUGGAAAACAUAUCAUCGACUUUGAGAGGAUUGCAUGCCUCAGAGCACACCCUAACUUGGAAAGCCUCAAACAAUCUCUGGUCCGAGCAGUUGAGCGCUUUCUUCAAGAAGUGCUGCUUGCUGCUAUUGAAUCCCUGUGUCAAGGCUUUACUACUGGCUCAAUACAUGCUCUAGCACUUACUGAAAGUGGUGCUGUUUACUCAUGGGGUAGUAAUAACUAUGGCCAACUUGGCCAUAAUUCACUUGAUUCCCAGCUCUCCCCAAGAAGAGUCAUUUUUCCUGGUACUGAUGUGCAUAUAAAGGAAAUAGCAACUGCAGAUCGUUACAGUUUGGCUCUUGCAGCAAACAAUGAAGUAUUGACUUGGGGUGUUAAUGAGGUUGGGCAGCUGGGAAAUGGCAAUACAACUCUACAAGAUGUACCUCAGGUUGUAAGGGGGCAGUUGAUGGAUCAAUAUGUUAUUAAAAUUGUGUGCAGCACCCUCGCGACGAUGGCACUUACUGAUGAAGGAGUAUUAUAUGCCUGGGGUCAUAACAAGAAUUCAUCUCUUGCUGUUGGUAUGCCAAUGGAGAUCGUUUCUUUUCCACAAAGAGUUAUCAUCAGGAAAAAUAUCGUGGAGAUUGCUGCCAAUAAUCUACAACCUGUGAUUUGUGCUGAAGCAGAUAAACCACAUGAGGUGCUCAUUUGGUCAGAAGAUGAGGAUACAGAAUGUACCCCAAGAGUUCUACCUUGUUCAAACAUACUUGAAGCUUUUUAUGGCAUCUCUAUGCCUGUAAUCCGACGAAAGAGUGAGGAACCUAUGUUGCCAAUGGUUCCUUUGCUGAAAGGUUCUACAAGAGAUAUCGGGAAAGUUCUAUUUAAUAGUAAGGAAUUAGUUGACUCAUGUAUAAAAUUUGCUGCAGAAAAUUUAGACUCUGUUAUUCUUUCUGAAGGUUUUGAAUCUUUAGAUCCUGUCUUGUGCAAAUCCCUUGUAUACAUGUCUUCAUCGACUGCUUUUUCCUCGAAGACUGGUGGUGGUGAUCAAAGCUUCCAACAAUUGGACUUAAGUGGAAAACUAAUUAUUAAGGUUCAAUUGGGAGACGAUGUUCGUAGGAUACCUAUUCAUAAUGAAGCUAUUACAUAUGAUGAAUUAGUUUUAAUGAUGCAACGAGUUUUCAGAGGAAAACUCAGUAGUUCAGAUGAUAUUACAAUUAAAUAUAAAGAUGAAGAUGGUGAUCUCAUAACCAUAUUUGACAGUUCAGAUCUUGCAUUUGCUAUACAAUACAGCAGAGUACUAAAACUAACAUUAUUUGUCAGUGGUGAUGGAAAUAAGCUUUACCAACCCCCCCAACUUAAUAAAAUUAGAGGUGAAUUACGGUCAAUUCGAGACCAAGUAAACCAUUUACUUGAUAUCAUAGAACCUAGAACUUACGGAGAUUCAUCCAAUACUGCUUUGGAAAAUAGCAGCGGUAAGAUCAGAGAGCGAAAUAGUGAUUGGGAUAAUGAUUUAAGAGACGGGGAGGAGAAAUCAAGGCCGAAAAAAAGUCGAUGGGGGGACCCAAAUAACAAGAGCGAUCCUCCUUGGACUAAUAUGAAAGAUGACAAUAAGCCGAAUGGAGGAAUCUCAAACCAAGCCAGUUCUAAAGAGUUUGAUCCUCUUCAGGGAGAUGAAAAAGCAUCUGAUGAAAAAAAACCUGAUUCAGGCAAAGAAACCCCUAUCUCUAAGAGUGAUGAUGUAAAGCAACAAGACCAGGCUCAGCAACAACAGGCUGCUGCUGAACAGGCGCAGCGACUGAUGAUGCAGCAACAGCAGCAGCUGGCUGCCCAAGGGCUAAGCAUGCAGCACGGCCAUCAUGCUCACGCUCAGCAGCAGCUUCAGAUGCAGCAGCAAGGUUAUGGACCUUAUUCAGGAAUGAUGCCUUCUUCAUCAUCUUUUAGCCAGUAUUCACAGUACCCUCCACAUCUUCAAAGAUCCGUAAUCAGCUCAGUCAAAGAAAGCGUCUCGCAGUCUAAGAAACAGUCACGGUCAAAGAAACGCAGUGGAGAUCCAUUGUUGCCAGAUCUCUUUUCUUACUAUCCACCCCAACCCAGUCCUAUGGAACACAUCAAUUGAAUAGACCAGUUCAGUGGUGGAGGCCACAGUAGCGGGAGCGCCCUUGGUAGCCACGGUAAGGCUUUGGGUGCAGGAGCUCCCCCUUCAAGUGCUGGUAUCUACCGCGGGGUCUAUCCUCCUGAUGGGGCAGCCCCUUUCACCCAAGGACAAGCCCCCAUUCCAUACAGCAAGAGCUCCCAGUACAAGUAUCAGUGAAGUCUCAUCAACGAUCAAUCUUAUUGUCUCUCUCUAUCUUUCUCAUACAUAUAGACCUACAUUUUCUUUUUCUUUCAUUUUUUAAUACAUGUAAAUUGUGGUUUUAAUUAAAUAUAAUAGCGACUCUUUGGAAAAAAAAUAAUAUUUUUUUUAAUGCACUUCCUUAUGUCGUGAGACUGUAAUAGUAAAUAAGUGUUUUAAGCUGUAUGAUUAUAGAAAAUUUGUACAUCUUGUACUAUUUACAUUCCUCAAUUCGUUCCUAUAUUUAUUUUGAAAAAAAAAAAAUCAUUUUGUUGAAUCUUUUAAUAACAUGCAAUAAACCCCAUUUUUAAAAUGAACUGAUAAGGUAUUUAAUUCUUGAAUUUUAGGAAUGCACAUAUAAUGGAAUGAUUUCCAUUGACUUCACUAUUUUUUUUUUACUUAUUUAUAUUUUUUGUUUUUACUUUUUCAAUUUGAUUUAAGCAUUUGAAAUUACUCAUCGUUUUUAUUCCAAAAUGGAAUUGUGUAACUGUAAAUGUAUCUUAGUACCCCAAUGAACCUCUGAAUGUUGAACAGUGAAACUUCCGAUUUCUUAAUAAUUUUUUAGAAUUGGAUUUCUCUUGUGUUAGUCUUGUAAAGUCUGUGGACUUAGUGGGUGAUAAAAUCAAUUUUAUUUCAUUAAAGUAUUGAGCAUGAGCUAUUUUAUAAAUGAACAAAGAAACCAUUUGCUAUUUAUGACAUAUUUAUAGUAUUUUUUGUAUUUAUCGGCCAUAUUCUUGCCCUUGUUGUUUUAUUUGGUAUAUCUAUAUUUGCAAGGUAUAUCAACUUUAGUGCUGUUUUAUUACUUUAGUUGCUUUUAAUUUUGUUUUUUAAAUUUUUAUUUCAGUGUAUUAGUAAAAUGAAUAUGUAAAUAGUAUUGUAUAAUAAAAGUAUUUUUAACAUUGGAUAGUAAUAAUUUCGUUUUUAAAACAUUGUGUAAUUCAUUUCACCUACGAAUUAGGUUGUAAAUUAAGUGGUUCCCCUCUUGAUAAUAUUAUUGUAGGGGCUUUUCGUUUUGGAAAAAGCCGAUGACUGAAUGAGAGGUGGAAGAGUUGUGGGAUAUAGGUUAGUUUGUAGUGUAUAGAUCGGAUAUAUCGCAGGCAAGGCCAGUGUUCCACUAUCGGAAAUUUCACUGUAUGUAGUACUUAAUUUUUAACAAAUUGGUUCUCAUUUAAUUUCUUCUUUGUUUUCUUUUUUAAUGCAUCACCCUUGCAUUUUUAAUUGCAGAAAGAAAAUUAUAACUUUACUCCCUUUUUUUAUUUUGUUAUCUUUGAUUGUUCAUUUAAGUUAGCUUAAAUCAGUUCAUAAAAUUUAAUAUGAAAAUUUUUUGAUUUUUUCAGCUUCUGUAAAACUUACUUUUAGCUCUUUUCAGUUCCUAAUUCUGGGUUGCUUCUGAUGUAUGUUUUUUUUUGUUACGCUCUUAGAAGAUUUGAAUGAAUAUCUAUUUUUUUAAUUAAAAUAUUGAUAUAUAUGGAAAAGUUGAUGAUUUUCCAAUUAAAUUUUUGGGUUUAAAACUGAAGUUUUUUUUUUUACUGUAGGGAACUUUUUACUGCCAUAUGUUGUGGGUGAUGCAUGUAAACACUUUUUUUGUUUUAUGAUCAUUAACAAACCUGCUAAAGUUCUCAAUAUAAUCAAGAAAAGCAAAACCUGUAAUAUUUCUUUUCUUUUUAUUAAUAAUACUUGUUUCAUUAGAUAUUUUUUCUUAAUUUCACUUCAGUAGUAUUUCAGAUUCCUUUCUCUAAGCCUGAUUUUUUGUCUAAUUCACUUUCAAUUUUCAAAUUUGUUUCAAUUUCUUUUAUUGUUUUCUUAUCUAAUCUAUAAUGACAUAAUUGUAUUAAAUUUGGUUUACUUGAAUGUAACAAAUGAGUCUUAGCUGAAGUUUGAAUUUAGUAUUGAGCGGCAAGCAAAGCUUGAAACCUGAUCCUAAUGUUAUGGGUAUUAUUAACAAGUUAAUUAAAAAUUAAAAUUAAUAUCCAUUUGUUAAACAAUUUUAUCUUUCAUCAAAUUAAAAUAUUUUUGUUGUUUAUUAUUAUUCUUUUUCAAUGCUGCAAUGUCUCAUUGGAGGCUCUGGUAUUUAAGAAACUAAUAGAAAAUAUGUUUAAACAAGUGAAAUUUUUCUGUGAUCAAGAUUUUAGGAUCAUUUUUUUAUGACUGACUAUCUUAUGAAAAUAUGUUUCUUCCUUUAUCUUCUGUUGAUAAUAUUCCAAGGAUAUUAAGAACACAGAUAUAUGUAUAUAUAUUUUAUAUAUAUGUAUACAUAUAUAUAGUCUUUUGUAGUUGGUCGCUUAAUUUAAUAAUAGGAAUGAAAAGUUCUUAAAUAAUAAAAAAAAAAAAAAAAAAAAAUACUGGCUCUAUUUAGAAAUUCUUUAUUUAGAUGAUUAUUUUUACUUUGAACUAUUAUAUAAUUACAAUGAAUAUAAUUGAUGAUGACUUGUUUUCUAUGUGAUUAUUAAUAAUAACAAUUAGUGAAAAUUGUGGAUUUUUAUUUCACCUCAAUUUUUUUAAUUUGUUAGAAAUUGUUUUUUUUAUGUAUUUGCUACAUACGUAAGUCACCUUAUUUAAGUUGAAAUGAGUUAGUUUAGUUCAGUUGAGAUGGAACUAACACACUUUCCUCAUUAUCGUAGAAAGUGUUUUUUCUUCAGUAAAUUUAAAUAUAUAGUAAUGGGUAGUGUCAAUGCUUACAAUCUUCGAAGAUAUGCAAAUGAUUCUUGGGAUCAUUAAGAAUUUGCAUGGAAUGACUUGAUGUUUGGAACAAAUUUGUUUCAGGAUGAACUAAAACCACAAAUAUACCAAGUUUUGGAAGUAUGUUUAUGCAUAUUUCCACCAUGACAGUAAUCAUUUCUAUAUGUCUAUUAUUUUUCAAGAGAAAAUAAGGCUUAUGAUAUAUAUAUAUAUAUAUAUAUAUAUAUAUAUAUAUAUAUAUAUAUAUAUAUAUUUUAAAUUAAAAGUAUGUUUUGAUUAUUUAAGUUUUAUUUAUUUAAAAUUAAGGUGCCACAUAUGAUGAAAUAUGAAUAACCACAUAUAAUUUUUAUAAUAUUGUUUAUAAUACACCUUAAGAUUCUUUUGGUUUGAAAAUUUUAAUUUGAAAUUAAUAUUAAAAUAAUUAAAUCUAUGUUGAAAAAAUAUUAAAUAUUACAAAUUUAAUUUUCUUAUUAACCUUGGGGUAAUGCUGCACUCAUAUUUGUUAAAGCAACAUCCAGGAAUCUAAUUUUUGCUAAACCGUCAAUAUACAGUCUAAAGAGUAUUAUAAUGUUAGGAUUGAAUACAAAUUAUAAAAGAUUCAUUAAAAUUCAUAUCGAUUCAUUGCUAACAAUCGAUUUUGAAAAUUACCACUCUAAUAUCAUCCAUUCAGCCCAAACAAUGAGGAUGCUUUAAUUUCCACGCUAUUAUGUACUUUUAUGGAUGCUUUAAGAUUUUGUAAUCUCUGUUUAAAAAUAUUUAAUUACAAUUACAAUUGCUAGAAUGCAGGAUUGAUAAUAUGUCAAUUUUUCAUAUUCGAUAGUUAAUAUUUGUAUUGACGAUAUAUGUAAGAUGAUGGAAAGAUUUUGAAUUUGUACUCAGUACAGGUACAAUUAAAUCAUUUUAUUAUCGUAAUAGAUAUAUUCAAAAUAUUCAUGAAUUUCCUUUUUAAUUUUAGUUUUUGUAUGUAAAAUUAAUUGAGGAUGGGUAUUAAUUGGGUGUUUAUAUUAAAAACAUGUUUGUAGCUCUAAAAAGAUUAAAUAUGUUUGACGAAUCUACGGGGGAGGAAGGAUGAUUUAAUUCCAUUGCUCCCUGCAAAAUGAACAAGAUAUUUUUUCAUUGGUCAUACAUAUACAGCUAAUAAAUAUAACCAUCUCUUAUAAAAAAUUAUCUCUAAAAGUAUUAAUGUUCGUACAAUUAAAUUUUGGAUAAGACUUCAUGAAUCACUUAAACACCAUUUUAUAUAGGUAGUUAGUUGCUUUCUUUUUCUUUCCAAAUAAUAAUUAUAUAUAUAACGAUUAUUACUAAGAUUUUGGGCUGAAGCCUCCUAAAAUUAAAUCCUGGAUUUUAUUAAUUUGCAGCAAUAAAGUAUAAAUUGCCUGAUUAAUUACUAAACUAUUUUAGGAGUAAAUUUUAAUCAAAGCUGCUUUGGAAUAUACAUUUUAUUAUAUAUGGUUUAUUAAAAUAAUAAAUGGAAGUAAUUUUAUUAUUAGUAUAGCACAAUUUAGUAAUCUUUAAGCAUGACUUUUUUAUAAAUGUGGAAUAGCGUAGUUUAUAAUUAAAGAAUCAGUAUUUCUGAAUAAGUGAAAAUGAAGAUUUUAUUACUGCUUUAUAUUUAAAAUAAAAAUGAAACUGUUUUCUGAUUUAUUUGUUUUAUUUUAAUAUCUAUAUUUUUACUAUUAAUAUAC